AUGGCUUCGAUUUUACCUGUUUCCAAUAAACCCAUGGGAUCUGACCAGAAUACAUAUGUUGGAAAAAGUUUUGUUCAUGUUAAAAAUCCUUACCUGGAUGCUAUGGAUGAAGACAUUCUCUAUCACUUGGAUUUAGGAACAAAAACACACAAUCUACCAGCAAUGUUUGGGGAUGUAAAGUUUGUCUGCGUUGGUGGGAGCCCCAACAGAAUGAAAGCAUUUGCACUGUUUAUGCACCAGGAGCUCAGGCUGCCGGGCAGCGGGGAGGACAUAGAGGACAUCUGUGCUGGGACGGACAGAUACUGUAUGUACAAAGUCGGUCCCGUGCUCUCCAUCAGCCAUGGCAUGGGGAUCCCCUCCAUGUCCAUCAUGCUGCAUGAACUCAUCAAAUUACUGCACCACGCCCAGUGCUGUGAUGUCACCAUCAUCAGAAUGGGCACAUCAGGGGGAAUCGGGGUUGCACCGGGGUCUGUUGUAAUAACAGACACAGCUGUGGACUCCUUCUUCAAGCCCAGAUUUGAACAGGUUAUCUUGGACAACAUUGUCACCCGAAGUACUGAACUUGACAAGGAACUGGCAGAGGAACUGUUCAACUGCAGCAGAGAAAUUCCCAACUUCCCAACCCUCAUUGGACAUACAAUGUGUACCUAUGAUUUUUAUGAAGGCCAGGGUCGCCUAGAUGGAGCCCUGUGCAGCUUUUCCAGAGAGAAGAAGGUAGAUUACUUGAAGAGAGCAUAUAUAGCAGGUGUCAGGAAUAUCGAGAUGGAAUCUACAGUGUUUGCGGCCAUGUGUAGACUCUGCGGUCUGAAAGCUGCUGUGGUCUGUGUGACACUCCUGGACAGACUUGAAUGUGACCAGAUCAACUUGCCCCAUGACAUCCUGGUGGAGUACCAGCAACGGCCCCAGCUCCUCAUCUCCAACUUCAUCAAACAGCGGCUUGGACUGUGUGACCAGAUGUCAUAA